AUGGUAGAGAGUCAAACAUACAAACAACUAAGAUACGUUUCAGAUCAUUACGAAUUCGUAACUUAAGACAUCCCCCAGCCUGGAUCUGGAGAAGUCCUAAUUAAAGUUGCUUACUCAACUUUAAACCCAAUUGAUAGAUAUCAAUACUAUUUAUUCAAAGCUGAGAAGCUUGGCUCCGAUGGUUCUGGAACAAUCACAGCUGUUGGCGAUGGAGUUAGCCAAGAUUUAGUCGGAAAGAAAUGCGCUUUCAUGCUUGAAGCAUGGUCUGAAUACAGAGUAGUGAAGCAUGACAAUGUCAUUCUAUUGGAUGAUUCAUAAGAUCUCUCUAAAGCUGCAAAUGCUGGUGUAAACCCCAUUACAGCUAUUGGACUCUUAGAAAUAGCUUAAGCUCAUGGUGCUACCGCUAUUGUUCAGAAUGCUGCAGCCUCCCAAUUAGGAAAACAAUGCAUCGCACUUUUUAGAACACAUGGAAUUGAAGUGCUUAGCAUUGUCAGAAAAGAUGAACAAAUUGCAGACCUUAAAGAAAAUCAUGGUGCAAAGCAUGUCUUGAACUCUGAAAGUCUUACCUUCUGGGAUGAUUUCUUCCCUCUUGUCAAGGAGCUUAUGCCAACAGUAUUCUUUGAGUAUGUUGCAGGAGAACUCGCAGGAAAAAUAUUUGCAGCACUCCCACCUAGGUCAAAGCUCGUGGUUGUAGGAAACCUAACAGGCGGAAAAAUGAUCUUAGAUUAAUCCAAUCUUCUAUUCAAUGCCAAGACAAUAGAGUCCUUCUAUGCGUUGACUUAUCUCAAUUCAAAGACUCCAGAGCAAAAGCAAGAGAUUUUCAAAAGAAUCUCAGAUGACUUGAGAGAUGGAGGCAAGAUCUUUGGAUCAAAAAUUGUGAUGGAGAUUAACCUUGAGGAUUAUGAAAAAGGAUACGAAGCUCAGCUUGGAGUUGCUUCAGAGGGAAAAAUUUUAGUUAAGAUCUAAUGA